GGGCAGGAUACAGCUCUGCCCUCUCCCCCACACAAACGGCCGAGCCCUGACAUCCCAUAGCUCCUCUCCUGUGGCCUUCAUGCCCACCUUUCCCACCCUGACACCCCUCCGCCCCUCCAGGUCUCAGCAGCCUACGAGGUGCCGCUGGGGCUGCCCACAGAGCCGGGGCGGGCGAAGGCGGCGGCGACGCGGGAGAGCACCGGGGCACUGAAGGCUUGGCUGGCACGACACCCCAGGAACCCCUAUCCCAGCAAGGGGGAGAAGGUGAUGCUGGCUGUGGUCAGCAGGAUGAGCCUCACCCAGGUCUCCACCUGGUUCGCCAAUGCCCGCCGGCGCCUCAAGAAGGAGAACAAGGCGAGCUGGGCCACACGCAGUGCCUCAGAUGGCGAGGACAGCGAGGGCGAGGGGGUCCCAUCGGGCGCCGCCCCCAUUCCCAGUUCCAGCCCCAUGCGGGAUGGGUGCGGGGGCAGCCCCAAGGUGAAGACAGGCCCCGGGCAGGGCAAGCAGCCCCAGAAACCCAAGAUCUGGAGUGUGGCAGAGAUGCUGGAAUCUCCCCCCAACAAGAACGGGUGUCCCCCGGGGGUGCCAGUAGUGCUGGAGCAGGUAUAGGGCUUGGACAGUCAUGUCCUGUCCCCAAGGACGUGGCAGGAAGACAGCCAUGGGACCCAGCAGCUGCCUGGCCAAGGAGAGUGGGAGAUGUGGGUGGGGAGGAACACAACACAGUAAUAAAUGUGACUCUGUCUGGGGUCUCCUGGUGUUGAAUGUGUGCGGUGGGGAUGCUGAAGGGGGAUGCUGGCAGGGAUGCAGGGGUGCCAGCAGAGAUGAGGGUAACUUCACUGCCAGUGCUGCAGUCACCAGCCCCUGUGAAGCAGGGCAAGUCUAAGGCAGAGAUCAAAAAUAGACUUUGCUCUUCUUGAUAGAGGU